GGGGACAAGCAAGAGCGACGUGGCAGCUUCCUGCCGGCUGGCCGGGCUGGCAGGGGCCCACGUGUUGCUUGCUUUUGCUGACAUUUGUUGUUUUGUAAUUAGUUGACAUUUACAACGGUUAAAAUUAUUCAAACGAUAAUAAAAAAAACGGUAACUUAUUAAAAAAAACGGUUAUAUAUAUUUUUUUUUCUCUAUAAAAUGAACCUAAAUUCUCCUUUUAUAAAAGUAUAGAUAUUUGGCGGCAAAACGUUCCAACUGCUCUUCAUACACUCCGUACUUCGUACUUAGUUAGGGUUCCAUCACUUUUACACUUCCACUGUCUCAGCUCCUCCCCAAAUUCCUUCUUCUCUCUCUCCAAUCUUCGGUGAAUGUUUCAAUGGCGGAAAUAGCAGGAGAAGCUCCAGUAAUGGCGAAUUCGCCGAUGAUCAAGCCAAUUAAUAAGAGCGUGGUGCAUAAAAUUUGUGCGGGACAAGUAAUUUUGGACCUUUCCUCUGCCAUUAAAGAACUCGUUGAGAACAGCUUGGAUGCUGGCGCAACGAGCAUCGAGAUCGCGCUCAAGGAUUACGGCGAAGAGUGGUUCCAAGUUAUUGACAAUGGUUGCGGCAUUUCCCCCAACAAUUUUAAGGUUCUUGCUCUUAAGCAUCAUACUUCAAAACUGGCUGAUUUUCCUGACCUUCAGUCUCUUACAACAUUUGGCUUCAGAGGUGAGGCAUUGAGUUCCCUUUGUGCGCUGGGGAGUUUGACAGUGGAAACUAGAACAAAAAAUGAGUCUGUUGCUACACACUUGACGUUUGACAACACUGGCCAAUUAGUAGCUGAACAUAAGACAGCACGGAACGUUGGUACUUCAGUAACUGUAAAGAAGCUGUUUUCUAAUUUGCCUGUGCGUAGCAAGGAAUUCAGUCGUAAUAUCCGUAAGGAAUAUGGAAAACUUGUAUCUUUAUUGAAUGCCUAUGCUAUUAUUGCAAAAGGAGUUCGAUUUGUCUGCACCAAUAUGUCUGGGAAAAGUGCAAGAUCCGUGGUCCUGAAAACUCAAGGAAGUGGAUCGCUCAAAGAUAACAUCAUAACACUGUUUGGCAUGAGCACAUUUACAUGUUUAGAGCCACUGAGUAUCUCUUUGCCAGGUAACUGCACAGUUGAGGGCUUUGUCUCUAAAUCAGGUUAUGGCAGCGGACGAAAUAUGGGUGACAGGCAAUUCUUAUAUGUUAAUGGUCGGCCUGUUGAUAUGCCAAAAGUAGGUAAACUUGUGAAUGAGUUAUAUAGAGGUGCUAACUCACGACAAUAUCCCAUUGUGAUUCUGAACUUCAUUGUUCCAAUUAUGGCAUAUGAUGUAAAUGUGACACCAGAUAAGAGGAAGAUUUUUUUCUCUGAUGAAGGCUCUAUUCUACAAUUUCUGAGAGAAGCUCUGGGGAUGAUCUAUUCAGCCAGUUCUGUCACUUACAAUGUUAGGAAUAUAGAUGCACCUGAUGAAAAAGAUGAUCACUUAUCGCCGCGCCCUGUGGGAUUGCAGCUGCCCUCUGAGCAGUGCAAGUCAUCUCCAAAAAGAGCUCAAGCUGAAGAAGUAUGUGAGGAGAAGCAAGCUAAUAAAGAUAACAUGAUAUCAGGUUCUAUUGGGAAGGGCAACAAUCUUUCAUCUUUUGGUCUUCGCAGUGAUGCUCAAAAGUCACAGGACAGGGAUUUUGGUCUCAGGGUCCACAGAAUUAAAAAGACUUAUAGCUAUUCACCAAGCCAUGAAAAUGAUAAUACAAGUAUUAAUAUUGAUCAAGAAUGCCUUAAAGAGGCUGAAAGGGAUGUUGCAAUCAACAAUAAUUUGACAAAUAGGCCAUCCUCGAUUCAAUCCUCACUUACCAAGUUUGUUACUCUGCAAAAGCGGAAGUAUGAAAACUUAUCUACACCCUUAUCUGAAGCCCCUAUCUUAAGAAAUGAACCACUUCAACGUAAGUCAGAAAGCAAUGAUUUGUUGCAUCUUGCUGCUGUAAGCUCAGCCACAAAGGUUCACGACUCUGCUGGGCUUUAUGAGAAUCAAACAUCCAAGCAUUCUAAAACAGCAACAGAUUUGUGUCAAACAAGCAGUCCUCUUCUGAAUGAUGGUGAUGCUUGCAUGGAAGGGCUAAUAGAGGACAAUCAGCUUCAAAAAAAAAGAGUGCCUGCUGCAGAUGUGAUCAUACCAAGUGAAUCAAGGAGUGGAAUCUCAGAAAUUGAACUAGAAGAGGCACCACUUGGAUCCCAGUCGUUACAAGGUACCCCUCCUCCUUCAUCUGCUCCAAAGGCCUCUUCUACUUUGCAAUUCAAUAUGAAGGAUCUCAUGAAAAGGAGGAAGCAGAAAUUAUCAAUAUCUCAUACGAGCUUUGAUGCUUUUUCUAGGACAACCACCAAAAGGUGCUAUGCUGCUGCGACGCUAGAGCUUUCUCAAGCAGAUAAUGAAGAGUGGAAAGCUAGGGCUCUUGCUGCUGCAACCACUGAACUGGAAAGGCUUUUCAGGAAAAGAGACUUCGGCAGGAUGAAGGUAGUUGGACAAUUCAAUUUGGGAUUUAUUAUCGGGAAGCUAGAUGAAGACUUGUUUAUUGUGGAUCAGCAUGCAGCUGAUGAGAAGUACAAUUUUGAGCGCCUCUCAGAAUCAACAGUCAUGAACCAGCAGCCUUUACUCCGGCCAGUCAGGUUGGAAUUGUCCCCAGAAGAGGAAAUAGUUACCUCAAUGCAUAUGGACAUAGUUAGGAAAAAUGGUUUUAUCUUGGAAGAGGAUCUAGAUUCAUCCCCAGGCAACCGCUUUAAAUUAAAGUCUGUGCCCUUCAGUAAAAAUAUAACAUUUGGAGUUGAAGAUGUAAAAGAGCUCAUAUCUACUCUUUCGGAUGGUCAUGGAGAAUGCUCAAUUAUGAGUACUUAUAAGAUGGAUACUUCUGACUCAAUUUGCCCCUCGAGAGUACGUGCAAUGCUAGCAUCACGUGCCUGCAGGUCAUCAAUUAUGAUUGGUGAUGCACUUGGAAGGAAUGAAAUGCAAAAGAUCCUUGAACACUUGGCUGAACUGAAGUCUCCAUGGAACUGCCCACAUGGAAGACCGACCAUGCGCCAUUUAGUCAACUUGGCUGUAAUUUACGAGAGAGAAAAUCCGGAAAUUACUAGUUUGUGAUGGACAUUGGUGGUAUUGAUCUCUCCUGUCUCAACCAAUGUGAUGCAAUUUUGUCAGUUGCCGUGUACAGUUUUGUAAAGAUGACGUUCUUGGAUCCGCAUGCAUGGAUAAUUUGAUCAAUAUUUCUUAAGAAAAUGUCAGGCAUUUAUAAUGUGUUGAAUAUUUGAUAACCCUGCUUUUUAUACCAUUGAGGCAUCAAAUUUGCCCAAACUCAUGUCUAACGUUGGUGAAAAAAUGAAGCAAGUAAUUGGUCAAGGUUAUGAGGAUCAAGAACUUACAUCCCUAAGGAAGUAGACCAGGAAGGCAGCAUUGUAUAUGGGGUUAAUCAACUGGAGCAUAUAGUUGCAGUUUUUUCAUUAUUCUUCCGGUAUUCAGAACAGCAGGAAUCACUUUACAAACAAUAGUGAUGGAAAGCUGUGGAAAAACUAUUGGGUUAUAUACGUAGCAGGAGCCAGUUUUUUGAUGAAUGUAUCUGAAUCCUCGCGGGCUAGCACAAUACGUAGCAAUGUGGACAAGCGAUUCCGAUAAAAGUCAUACAAGAUUGGAUUGACUACUGUGUAAAUUGACUUUUAGUUGUAAAUUCCAUUAACCAGUGACUGUAUAUAUAUUACUCUGUAAUUAAAGUUUUAGUUGUUCCCUCUU